AGCUCAUUACGCGGGGAAAACUUAUUUGUCUCUCUCAACGGAAAUCUGCACCAGAUCGAGCGAAGCAACCAAAGCCGGAGGCGUUCGUCUGCCCGGGGUGGCACCAUGCGGACCCGGCUCUUCCUCUGAAGCCCACCUUCUUCCUCGGGCUCAACGGUGACUAGCGUCCGCGGACCGCGGCAGCAGUGCUGUGUGGCGACGAGCGUCGGCAGCGGUGGCACAGUCCAGCAGCGAGCAGGAUUUCAUGCAGAGGAAGGCAAUCAGUUCUUAGCCCUCGACUUCCACCAGAGUGUGCGGAGUCUCGCCGGUAGCAACGACGACGUCGGCUAAGGCAGCCGCGGGCACGGCAAUGCCGGUUCCCCUUGCCCCUUAUCCAACUCCUCCUGUGCCCUUCACACCACCCACCCCCAAUGCCGGGGCUCAAAGCCAACUUGUCUGCUCCGGGUGCCGGAAUCUGCUCAUGUAUCCUGCUGGUGCACCGUCAGUAUGCUGCGCAGUUUGCAGUACUGUGACCACCGUGCCGGCUCCCGUUGCCCGAAUGAAUUUUCCACCCGGAUUUGGUGCAGGGACCGAGAUGGCGCAGCUAGUUUGCGGAGGAUGCCACACUCUUCUAAUGUACAUACGUGGCGCGACAAGUGUACAAUGUUCUUGCUGCCACACGGUCAACCUGGCAAUGGAAGGGAAUCAGGUUGCGCAUGUAAACUGCGGGAAUUGCCGAAUGCUGCUGAUGUACCAGUACGGCGCAAGGUCUGUCAAAUGUGCAGUCUGCAGUUUUGUGACAUCAGUUGGGGCAUCACCUGGUACAGACCAGAAGCCCAGCAACUGAAAUUCUGCAAUAUUAUUGUGAAGGCAGCUUCCCAAAAUAAGGAUGCUUUGAGUGCACAUGUAUAGAGUUCUUCCCAGAAGCAAUCUUUUCCUCCCUUCACCGUCUCACUUCGUUAGACCUGGCGAGCUUGCAGACUAAACAAGAAGUUUGCUAAUACUUAGUGCUCAAAAUUUGUCGAAUCAUCUGUAUAACUGGAUCAGACGGAUACAUAAACCCACCAUGUUUAUGUUCAUAUCUAGCUUCUUUUA